GUGCAGGUCAGCACCUCAGGCAAGGUGAGUGCCAUUCCCUUCUGGUACCAGAUCCAUCUGGACUGUUGGCAGAGCGUCAGCACCUACAGCAAGGAUUCUCACUGGAAGCAGGCGGCAGUGGUCCUCCAGCAGCCUCUAACCGUCAGCAGAGGAGACUGGCUUCAACUCAGCGUCCGCCUGCAUAAAAGCAGCAUCUCCAUUACAGCCGUUAAAGAGGAGGAGCCAGGCGCUAAUGAUGUCAACACUGAGGUGGAGUCUGCGACCAAUGACACAUGAUGAGAGGGACUUUAACAUCAUGUAUUUUAAAACACUCUAUGAUCAAUGAAUUUGGCAGUUGUUUAAUUGC